GGGCUUCUGGGAGCCGAGCCUCAGGGUCUUAGAGAAGGGGCGCAGGUGGCCGCCAUCUUGGGUUGCGAGCCGGAUCGCUACGCUCCACGCUAGGGGCGGAGUGGCUGCUCCUCUCUUACCCGCCGCAGACGUCGCCGCUGGGGACUUGGAAGUCUGGGCACUGCAGAGGAUCACGUUAAUGGAUGCCAUGGCUAGUCCAGGGAAAGAUAAUUACAGAAUGAAAAGUUAUAAGAAUAAAGCCCUAAAUCCUCAAGAGAUGCGUAGACGUAGAGAAGAAGAAGGAAUACAGCUUCGAAAACAAAAAAGGGAAGAACAAUUGUUCAAACGCAGAAAUGUUUCUUUGCCCAGAAAUGAUGAAUCUAUGCUAGAAAGUCCUAUACAGGAUCCGGAUAUCAGUUCCACUGUACCCAUUCCAGAGGAAGAAGUUAUUACCACAGACAUGGUUCAGAUGAUUUUUUCUAAUAAUGCUGAUCAACAGCUAACAGCAACACAAAAAUUUAGAAAGCUGCUUUCUAAAGAACCUAAUCCACCAAUAGAUCAAGUUAUACAGAAACCAGGAGUCGUACAGAGAUUUGUGAAAUUUCUUGAAAGAAAUGAAAAUUGUACUCUACAAUUUGAAGCUGCAUGGGCAUUAACUAAUAUAGCAUCUGGAACUUUUCUGCAUACCAAGGUAGUGAUUGAAACUGGGGCUGUUCCAAUUUUUAUCAAACUUCUUAAUUCUGAACAUGAAGAUGUUCAGGAGCAGGCGGUUUGGGCACUUGGUAAUAUUGCUGGUGACAACGCAGAAUGCAGAGAUUUUGUAUUGAAUUGUGAAAUACUUCCACCUCUGUUAGACUUAUUAACAAAUUCAAACAGACUUACAACAACAAGAAAUGCUGUAUGGGCUCUCUCAAAUUUAUGUAGAGGCAAAAACCCUCCUCCAAACUUUAGUAAGGUUUCACCUUGCUUAAAUGUCCUAUCACGAUUGUUGUUUAGCAGUGACCCAGAUGUGUUAGCAGAUGUGUGUUGGGCCCUUUCUUAUCUCUCCGAUGGACCCAAUGAUAAAAUUCAAGCAGUCAUUGAUUCUGGAGUGUGUCGAAGAUUGGUGGAACUUUUGAUGCACAAUGAUUAUAAAGUUGUAUCACCUGCAUUAAGGGCAGUUGGUAAUAUUGUGACUGGUGAUGAUAUUCAAACACAGGUAAUUUUGAAUUGCUCUGCAUUGCCCUGUCUCUUACAUUUAUUGAGUAGCCCGAAGGAGUCAAUUAGAAAAGAAGCUUGCUGGACUGUUUCUAACAUCACUGCUGGAAAUAGAGCUCAGAUUCAGGCUGUUAUAGAUGCAAAUAUUUUUCCUGUUUUGAUUGAGAUUCUUCAAAAAGCAGAGUUUCGCACCAGAAAAGAAGCAGCGUGGGCUAUAACUAAUGCCACAUCAGGAGGCACUCCAGAGCAGAUAAGGUAUCUGGUAGCCUUAGGCUGCAUUAAACCACUUUGUGACCUUUUGACUGUUAUGGACUCCAAAAUAGUCCAAGUGGCUUUAAAUGGACUUGAAAAUAUUUUACGUCUUGGAGAACAAGAAUCUAAGCAGAAUGGAAUAGGCAUUAAUCCAUACUGUGCUCUCAUUGAAGAAGCAUAUGGUCUGGAUAAAAUUGAGUUUUUGCAAAGCCAUGAAAAUCAGGAAAUUUACCAAAAGGCUUUUGAUCUGAUUGAACAUUACUUUGGUGUAGAAGAAGAUGACCCCAGUAUUGUACCUCAGGUGGAUGAAAACCAACAACAGUUUGUAUUUCAGCAGCAGGAAGCACCAAUGGAUGGAUUUCAACUUUAAUUUGGUGAAGGAAAAAAAAUUAAUGGUUGGAAAGGGUAGCUUUGGAUAUCUCUUCUUUGUUGCCAGUGUCAGUAGAAAUGUUUGUUUUUUACAUAGAAAAGGAAGAAUUUGAUGCACUAUUAAAAAGCAAAAUGAAACAAGUUUCCAUUCAGAUGCAACCUUUCUUUGUAGUUUUUUGUUAUUUUUUGUGCUUGUAUUUAUGUCUUUUGUUAUUUGGAUUUUUGUAUCUAUUUGUGAACAAUUAAAUACAUUAUGCAAUUAUUUAAUAACUUAAGCUUGAAAAGAGAACUUUGGUAAAGUAUUACAUAACAAUUCUGAAUUUUUUCAAGCAUUCUUGGAAACUGCACAUUAGCAGUAUGGCUGUUGAUAAUUGCAUUUUGGCAGUAUGUCUUACACACCCAAUCUUUACUAAAUCUACCUCUAUCUUGAAGCAAAAAAAACAAACAAAAAAAAAAAACAAAAAAGCUUCAGAAGCAUGAAAUAGUGUAAAAGCUAAAUUAGAAUGUGAAAGUAUUUACCUUAAAUUAUAAAUCACUGUGCUGUAGGUUAUACUUUGCAAAAAAAAUUUGCAACAGAAAACCUAUAAAAUUUAUUUAUAAAACAAAAAAUAUUGUGCUGAUAAUCAGUUAAAAUGUGGCAAUUGUGAAGAGAGAAGCUGUUCUUCAUGUUGAACACAUUAAAAAGAUUACUUUUAAAUAAAGCAUUUCAAUAUUUGUG